CUCGCUGUCACACGAUAACGUGUCAGACUUUGUGGAGUUAUGCCAACAAACCAGGGACAGUAUCCAGCAGUCACUUGUGCAAUCGUUGAGUUACGUAGUCGUGACAGGAUUCCGGCCGUCAGGAGUCAGUGAUUUUCAGGACACUUUCGCAUCGCAGGAGAGAAAAUGACCACACAUUCAAGAUUUACUGGCAACAGGGCGGACCUACGGGGCUCUACAGCAUGUCCGGUCGUCGUGCGUCCCCAGCACGAUCUCAAUUGCUUCGAACUUCGGAGUGAUAAAUUAUCAAGUCUUCUCACCAACAGCGAUAUUGCUGACCUCCCUGUGGUAGUCUUGUCAGUCGCAGGGGGCUUCCGACUCGGAAAGUCGUUUCUUCUCGGAUUCUGCAUCAGGUAUCUAGAGCACCUCGAGACGUCGUCGAACCAAUCAGAUUGGAUGGACAAGGAGAAUAUACCCUUGACGGGCUUUUCUUGGAAGUACGGCAGCAAAAGAGAGACAACUGGUAUUCAGCUGUGGGGAAAAGUGUUCAAGGUGAAGAUGCCACAAUACGGGAUCGUGGCAGUCAUUCUGAUGGACACGGAAGGUGCAUUCGACAACACGUCUACGCUGGAAGGAAAUGUCACAAUUUUCUCAAUGAGCAUGCUGUUGAGUUCUGUACAAGUGUACAACCUCAGCAAACAAAUAACUCAAUCCGAUUUGGAGCACCUGAAGCUAUUCGCGGAGUAUGCUAGCAUGGCUCAAAGCAAAGGGGGCCGAGGAAAAGAGGCGUUCCAGAAGCUCCUGUUUCUGAUUCGUGACUGGCAAUAUCCCGGAGACAAGCCAUUUGGUCUGGAAGGAGGAAAAACGCUGCUUCAUUCUGACCUUGGAGAUGGCCCCUCACUCCCAGAAAAAGUCAGGCAGCUGCGUAAAAAUAUCAGAGCCAGCGUCGGCGAAUUGGGAUGUUUCCUCAUGCCCAGACCUGGUGACGCGAUAGAGAACGAGAGUUUCGACGGAAGGCUUUGUGAUAUAUCUGGAGGAUUUAAGCAUCACAUGAGGGACCUCGUGUCUUAUCUUCUUUCACCCGAAAGGCUUGUUCCAAAAAAGGUCAAUGGAAGGAUUAUUAAGUGCAAGGAGCUCUUGUCGAUGUUUCAGACUUAUUUCACCGUCUUCGACCAAAAGGAGCUCCCUCAACCCAUGUCUGUCUUCAACGCAACUGCAUAUAUCCACAAUAAGAGAAUCAGGGAAGAAAUCAUCCAAAAAUAUGAAACUGAGAUGGAAAAGGCCACCGGCGUGACUAAUAUUUCUGCUUCUGAUGCUGACAUUGAAAUGAACCAUAAUAAACUCAAGGAAGAGUGCUUGUCACAGUUCGACAAAGAGCCUAAGCUGGGAGACCACCACAGAGAACUUCGGGAGCAGCUGAUACAGGCUGGUUACGCGGCCAGGCGGACACUCCUUGGUGUAGCCUAUGUAACUCUUGCAGAACUUGUUACCUAA